AUGGUACAGCCUCCCUCUCCGACAUAUCCUAUUCGAAGAACUAACGCAUGAGGAACAGUCUCUCCGCAUCGUCCCCUCAGCCUCCAACCCCACCACCACGCACGCCAACAUCGGCGCCCCCUCCGCCCCCGGAGUCCACGACACCCUGCGCGCAAACCUCAACCUCACCACCCCAGCCCCCAAAACCACGACUUCCUCUUCCUCAUCAACCAGCAUCGCCUCCGCGCACCCUCUCGAAUCCCGCCUCGCGAACUGGCGCUCCCAGCAAGAAGCCCUCAAAAUGGAACUCCUACGCCGCCAAUUCGGAAUCGCGGAGCCGGUGAAGCGGCAGAUGGAACUCGCGAUCGUGCGAGCGGGCGAGUGGCAGCCUGCGGCGUUGGGCGGCAGGGGCACGGCGGGUCUGCAUGCGGAUAUUUUGGCGGGGACGGAUUGUGAGUUUGGGUGGGAGGAGGUGUUCGUGGGCGAGGAGAUGAGGGCGGAGCCGGUGGAUUUCCACACGGAGAUGGAGGGGCGGUUUCGCAUGAAUACCUGGUGA